GGAAAUGUCCACCUACAAACCGAAUUGGCAGAAGAAAUCAGGAAUCUAAGGAGGAGAAGUCCUCAUACACAUGCCCACUGUGUGAAAAACUCUGCAAUUCCCAGCAUCAGCUUACUAUGCACAUUCGUCAGCACAACACUGACACUGGAGGCACAGACCACAGCUGUAGUAUAUGUGGGAAAGCUCUAAGCUCUGCAAGCUCUCUUGACCGCCACAUGCUUGUCCACUCUGGAGAGAGGCCUUACAGAUGCUCAAUGUGUGGGCAAGCUAUGUAAUAAAAGGGAAGGGCAAAGACACAUGAAGAUUCAUGAAAAGGACCCAAAUGCUGCAGUAGCUACAAGCCCACCAUCCCCUCAAAAAAGGAGGCGAAUGACUUCCAAAAGAAAAUUAAAUCCUGAGGAGGAAGUUGAAAAGGAUGACACACCUCCAGCAAAAAAGGUGGUUGAAGAAGUUCAGCAAGUCGAACCAUUGAAAAAGGCAGAAGAUCUCAUUCCCUGCCCAAUAUGCUUUAAAGAAUUUCCAUGCAAAUCGUCUCUGGACACUCACAUGGAAUCUCAUCCAGAAGCCUCUUUAAAG